AUGGCAGACAUCGAACACCAGCACACCGAGUACGACUUCGCCCCCCUCCCCGAGGGCCAAACGACAUGCACCAUCCAGCCUCUCGUAAACUGCACACUCACCAUCCCCGAGCCAUUCGUGCUCACCCCCGCUUCCUCCCCUACAGCACGGUACCAAGCGCCGACAUUCGUCUUCCUCAUCACGCACGAGUCGGGGAAGAAGUACCUCUUCGACUUGGGGGUGAGGUUCGACUGGGAACAGGUCUGGCCCGAGGGGAUGCUCGCUAUUACCCGCGAUCCAUGGGAUCCGAAGAUCGUAGCCGAUGUGGGGGAAAUGCUGGCCCAGGGAGGCGUAGACCCCAAGACGGUAGAUGGGAUCAUCUUCAGCCAUCAUCAUUGGGAUCACACGGGCUUGAUCAGUCCAUUCCCUAAUGCCGCCCUCCUCGGGGGGAAAGUGACGUUCCUGGAAGGCGCUUCAGGAGACUUUAAAGACUCUACGGGGCGUGCAGUGGACUUGGCAGCGCAGAUCGCUAAAGAAGGACGCACGCCCCAGCCGGUGGACUUUGAUGCCGAAGGGGCGAAGCAUGUGGGUGCGUUCGAGAAAUGCGUCGACUUGCUCGGAGAUGGGAGCUUGUGGAUCUGCCAGACGCCGGGGCAUACACCGGGCCACGUCUCCGCUCUCGUGCGCGUCACUCCUUCCCCCGACGCUUCUUACGUCCUCCUCGGGGGGGAUACGACACACCACCCAUCCUUGAUCUGCCCAUGCCACCACCACCUGCGCAUCAACACCACCUUCAAGCGGCCCUCCGAUCCGCCCACCAGAGGGCCAAGGGUGAUGCACGGCGAUAUCCCCCGGGCGUGGGAUACGAUGCAGCGGACUGCUAGGAUGGAGAGGGAGGGGAACGUGAUGGUUGUCGUUGCGCAUGAUUAUUUGCAUUGGAGGGCUUGGAAGGACGAUAAGCGGGUCAUGUUUCCUGGGGAAGGUAUCGGGAAGUGGAAAGAGACGGGGUUGAAGAUCAAGAGGGAGUAUAAGCCUGACGGGUAUGAGUAUAAGUAG